AUGGGAUUACCUUUUGAGUUGGUGUGGCAUCCUCAGGUUCCUUUGAAGGUUUCAGUUUUUGCGCGGCGGCUUAUUCAAGAUCGUUUACCAACGAAAGCUAACCUGGCGACUCGUGGUGUUAUUUCCGCAAAUGAUAUCUUUUGUGUGUCUGGUUGCGGUCAUGUGGAGACAGCUGAUCAUUUAUUUUUAUCUUAUAAUACGUUUGCAUCUCUGUGGCAGCAGGUGCGCGAUUGGAUUGGUAUUUUAGGAGUGGACUCUAUUAUCAUUACAGAUCAUCUGGUGCAGUUUACUCAUUUGGCAGGUGUUGGUAAAGCUAAAAGAUCGUUCUUACAACUUAUUUGGCUUUUGUGUUCUUGGGUUUUGUGGAGUGAACGUAACAACCGUCUUUUCAAUAAGUCCGUUCUUCUUGUCCCUUAA